AUGUAGUAUACUGAUAAUUAACAAUCCUCUUACCAAUUUUAUAAAAAGUAAGUGUGUGUUGAUGAAAAUAUUAUAGUAGAUGUAAACACCAAAUGAAAAUGGAAUGCCUUAGAAUAACACCACAUUGUUUUUUAGUUUGA